CCGCAGGCAGACCAUGGGACUUGAUGCCGACAUGGACGGUAUGAUCUCCUAUGCUGAGGUCUCCUCCGUCAUGUCCCUGCACGAGGCUCUCAUCGCCCUGGACAGAGACGGCGACGGCUUCAUCUACCUGCCGCAGAUCAUCGAGCUGUGGGGAACCGGAGACAAGUUUUACGAGCUGAACACCGACGGCGACGAUCAUCUCACCUUCAGGGAGAUUGAGAACGGGAUGACUCUGCAGGACUUUUACGAGCAGUUCGACUUCAACGGUGACGGGAUGCUGGACGUUGCGGAAGGUUACCAGAUGAACUUCAUCUACGACACCCUCAACGCUGUGGUGACGGUCGACCCCCUGGACGCCAACGGAGACGGAAAACUGUCCAAGCAGGAAGUGCUGGGCGCCAUGACUUAUGACGAGGUUAUCAGUGCCAUGGAUGCUGACGGCAAUGGACUCAUGACCCCCGAAGAGUUGAUGGUGCUGAUGGGUAACAUUACCGCCGACUACGUGGCUGCCCAGGACGACAACAACGACGGUGUGGUUGGCAUUGGCGAGGCUCACCACCACCAAAUGAGGCUACGUGUCAUCUUCGACCUUCUCGAUCUUGACAAGAGUGGCUACCUUGAGGAUGACGAAAGUGCCGGCGUCUACAUGAUCUGGGACACCAUUCUCCUGAUGAACAACGCUAUGGUCGAGCCCAACAUGCCUUAA